GCCCAGGGCCAGCCCAGUCGCCGCCGCCCGCCCACAAAGCCACAGGCAGGUGCAGGCACUGCCGAGGCGCGAGCCGGCAGAGCGGAGCCGUUAGCCCGCGCCGUCCGUGCGUCCGUCCGUGCGCCCGUCCGUGCGUCCGUCCGCUGAGGCCUCCGUCCGUCGGCGCGCGGCAGCUCCGGCCCAGGCGCAGCGGCCACGGCCCCUCGUCGUCCCGCACCCUGAGCCGCCCGGCAGAGCCGGCUUCGGCGCGCGGCAGCCAUGUCCAUGGGCCUGGAGAUCACGGGUACCUCGCUGGCCGUGCUGGGCUGGCUGAGCACCAUCGUGUGCUGCGCGCUGCCCAUGUGGCGGGUGACGGCCUUCAUCGGCAGCAGCAUCAUCACGGCGCAGAUCACCUGGGAGGGCCUGUGGAUGAACUGCGUGGUGCAGAGCACCGGCCAGAUGCAGUGCAAGGUGUACGACUCGCUGCUGGCGCUGCCCCAGGACCUGCAGGCGGCCCGCGCCCUCAUCGUCGUGUCCAUCCUGCUGGCCGCCUUCGGGCUGCUCGUGGCGCUGGUGGGCGCCCAGUGCACCAACUGCGUGCAGGACGACACGGCCAAGGCCAAGAUCACCAUCGUGGCGGGCGUGCUCUUCCUGCUGGCCGCCGUGCUCACGCUGGUGCCGGUGUCCUGGUCGGCGAACACCAUCAUCCGGGACUUCUACAACCCGCUGGUGCCCGACGCGCAGAAGCGUGAGAUGGGCGCGGGGCUGUACGUGGGCUGGGCGGCCGCCGCGCUGCAGCUGCUCGGGGGCGCGCUGCUCUGCUGCUCCUGCCCGCCGCGCGACAAGAAGUACGCGCCCACCAAGAUCCUCUACUCCGCGCCGCGCUCCGCCGGCCCCGCCACCAGCACCGCCUACGACCGCAAGGACUACGUCUGAGGCGCGGCCGCGGGGAGACCCCAGCACCCCCACCCCUCGCGCGGGAGCGCCCACCAGCCCGGCGAGCAGCCUCCCGUCGGAGACCAGCCCACCCCACGCGCCGGGAGCUCUCCCACUGGACUGCGAGGGACCCCCCGACCCGGCCGCCCCCCCCCCCGCAACACGCCUCUCCCCCGAUCCUCCCCCCACCCCCGGCCCCAGGGUCGGGGAGCGGGACCACGGCGCGCGCGCGGGGGCCGCCGCGCCUGCCCAGCCCCGUCGGGCCGCAGCCCCCAAGCCCGCGUUGGGUGGGGGCCGGCUGUCGUGAAAAGGGCCAGUGGAUAUUUUUCAAUAAAAGCCUUUUGUUUUGCA